GUGAAUGUAAAGUCGACGUUUGAAAUAUGAAAAUCGAAAACUCUUCGGUUGAGGAUCAUGGGAUCCUUUUCUAUCUGUCACCAUUUCCGUAAUUUCAAAUAAUUGAUCCGAAAUUAUUAUCUUAAAGUACAGGAAAAAGGAACUAAAUUAAGCAUAAAAGCAUACCCAUAUCUCACUUCUUGCAACUAUGAUAAUGGAGCAACAAAAUCCAUCAAUGGAGGUUUUGGAAGUCUGCAAAAUUUCUCCCUCACAAUCUCCUCCCUCUGACUUCUGUCUUCCUCUGACUUUAUUCGAUCUUAUGUUCUUCCUAAGCCCCCCGACAGAACGCAUUCUCUUUUACUCCCCCUCAAAUCACCAUCUUCUUCCCUUCGAUUCAUUCCUCCAAAUUCUCAAACAUUCCCUCUCCCUCACACUUUCCCAUUUCCUCCCUCUCGCCGGCAAUCUCGUUUGGCCAAAUCACUCCCCACAUCCCUUCAUUCUUUACAAGCCCGGCGACUCUGUUUCCCUCACCGUCGCCAAAACCGACGCCGAUUUCAACCAUCUCUCUUCAAAUCAACUCAAAAUAGCAAACCAAUCUCAUUUCCUCGUCCCCUAUCUCCCAAAAUCUCAAUCCAUGGCUCCAGCUAUGUCUCUUCAAAUCACUCUGUUUCCCAAUUCUGGAUUCUCCAUUGGCAUUACGACCAACCAUGUCGUUGCUGAUGGCAGAACUUCCACUCUGUUCUUGAAAUCAUGGGCUUCCAUUUCCAAAACCAAUAAUAAUAAUCAUCGCCCUACUCCAGUUUUUGAUCGAACAGCUGCUACCAAUGAUCCAAUUAAUGGGUUGCAAUCACUUUACAAUAAGUAUUUUGAAACAUUCAUUUCAAAUCCCAAAAGCCGUCUUACAUCACUUACUUCAAAAGUGGUCCUUUCCGACGAUGUGGUUAGUGGCACGUUUGAGCUUAAACGUGCUGACUUAGACAAUCUAAGGAGAAAAGUGAAUGAAGUUUCGUCAUCGAUUCGACAUUUAACGACAUUUGUAUUAACGUUCGCUUAUGUCUCGACAUGUCUGGUGAAAUCGCAGCGAAUUGAAGGAGGAAGUAAGAUUGCUUUGUCGUUCUUGGUGGAUUGGCGGCCUCGUGUGGAAACAUUAGGAGGGGUUAAUUAUUUUGGUAAUGGGGUAAGUGGGUAUGCGGUGAUUUUUGAAGGGAGGGAAUUUGAGGAAGAGAAUGCUAUGGCGACGGUUGCGAAGAAGAUAAGUGAGGGAAUAACAGAGAUAACAGAGGUUGUGAAUGAGAAGAGAUUAGUGGAAAUGUUGGAAGAAAAUGCUAUGCGAUGGAGAAAUGAGAUGCCAAUAGAUAAAACAAUUGUUGUUGGGGGAUCGCCAAGGUUUGGAGUUUAUGAGAUUGAUUUUGGGUGGGGAAGUUGUAAGAAAGUGGAGAUGGUUUCGAUAAAUCCAAGUGGGAGUUUUUCAAUGGCAGAGAGUAGGAAUGGGAAUGGAGGAGUUGAAGUUGGAAUUGCUCUUCCUGAGAAUGUUAUGAAUGUUUUCUCUUCCCUGUUUUUUGAUGGAGUGAAAUAGAAGUUUCGAUUAUAAAGUGUUUUAUAUUUCUAUUUUUAAAUAUGAAAAUAAGUCAAUUUAUUUAUAAAUAUAGUAAAAUAUCAUUGUGUAUCAUAUCUAUUAGUAUCUAUCACUGAUAUUGACAGAUGUAUUUCAGUGACUAUCAUUGUCUAUCAAAUAUAGUAAGAAAGUUUAUAAGUGAUAGACAAUGAUAUUUUGCUAUAUUUGAAAAUAUUUCUUACAGUUUUGUCAUUUAAAACAAUUAUCAUUUAUAUUACAUUAUGUUAUUUAGUUUAUGUUCAUUCUCAUAUGUAAAACCUCGUUGGGUCUCAUUUAAUGUUGUA